UUUUUUCUCUAAAGCCUCUACCAACUCUUAACAAUUUUAAGUGCUCGUGAGAUUUCAACAACUAGUUUUUAUAUUCCUAAUUAUUUGUUAGGAUAUACGUUAGGAUAUAUGAUGAUAGGAUAGAGGGGUUGAGGAGUAAGCGUGUGGGGGGUGUCAGUUAAAAAGGGAAAGUGGGUCAGAGCCUCUAUAAACAGAGGUAGUGUAACGCGGUAGGGGAUAUCGAGUAUUUUGUGAAGUCAGGUCUAUUGCCUGUAGAGAGGUUAUGCUCUCAAGGGAGGUUAUGCUCCCAAACCCAUAUUGUGUACAGUGACUAUCCAUUCUUCAUCAAUAAUACAGUUCUUUCUUUCAUCUUUGGUUGUUUCGUGUGCUAUUGAGAGAGUUUUGGUUAGGUUCACUAACUAACUAGUAACCUAACAAAUUGGUCCGACCUGUCGGAUCAAAGUGGGGGUGAAGGAUCAAGAAGCUGUUGGAUCAUCAAGGGAGGACUGCCGAAUCUCCUUAGGAGAGGGCUGCCAGAUCAAGAAAGGGUGGAGCAUGGAAGGAAGAAACAAUACCUUGGAGAGGAGGACCAGCGGUCAGAAAAUGAGCAUGGCAGAAUCGAAAAUGAACAUGGCAGAAUAUAGAAGAAAUAUGGAAGAAAUAAGAGAAAUGCUGCAAGAAAUCAAGAUUCACAUAAAGGGCCUAGGAAGAAGUGAGGAAUCUGUCAUGAAAGGGCAGAAAGACGGUUCAGAUGAAGAGGAGAUGGAGGAAGACAGGGGUGAACAAAAUUGGAGGCAGCAGGUAUAAUUGGCCAGGUUUGAGGGGCUGGACCCAUUGGGAUGGAUCUCUCAGGCAGAGAAGUUUUCUGACACCCAAAACGUCAAAGAGAAGGAGAGGUUCAGGUUGGCUUACAGCUGCAUGGAAGGAGGCACAAUCUAUUGGUUCAGGGUCUGGAAAAAUAAAACCAAGAACCUUUCUUGGAAAGGGCUGAAAGAGGCAUUAAUAAUUGGGUUUGGAGGAAGAGUCAGAGGGUCUGUUUUUGAGAAGAAAAGAGAAACGGAAGCUGCUGCAGUUUUGAGUGUUGAUGGUUUUGCAAGAAUUAGAGGGCAGGAUAGGAGAGAAGAAAAUAUUCGUGGGGAGGAAGGCAAUGCUGCAAAUGGUGAUGGAGACAUGGGUGUGACUGCUGCUGGAAAAGUUGAAAAAGCUGUUGAUUUUACUGCUGCAAACUGUGAUGGAGACAUGGGUGUGAUUGCUGCUGGAAAAGUUGAAAAAGCUACUGAUUUUACUGCUGCAAACUGUGAUGGAGACAUGGGUGUGACUGCUGCUGGAAAAGUUGAAAAAACUGCUGAUUUUACUGUUGCUGACAAAGUAGAAAAAGCUGUGGUUUUUACUGCUGCUGAAAAAGUUGCUGCUGCUGAGAAAGUUGCUGUUUUUAGUGGAGAUGGUGUGGUAGGUUGUGGUGUGAAUGUCAAAACAAAAGAACGCUCGGGUGGAAGAGAAAAUGCAAGCAAUUGGGAGCAAAAGGAGAGGAUGCCACUGACAAUAAUGGAGCUAGGAAGGGUGAGGAGACACCAAUUUUUUCAUGGGUGAAAAGAGAAGAGUUGAUCACUUAUAAAGAGAUUGACAAGCAAGAUCAAACAACAGGAGCAGCAAAUGCUUUUAAAGUUCAAAACACCAAAGGAUCAACAAAAGCACAUCCAAGCAACAAAGAAAAUGUAGUCCAAGGGUGCAAGACUUGGCAUAAAAAAUUCAAGCACCUUUCUUGGAAAAAUCUGGCCCCAACUCUACUAAAGAUAGUUGAAAGGAACAGAAGAUCAGUCUAUGUGAGAAUUGGGCAACAGUAACACAGAGGGGGAGCGUGGAAAUUUUAUAUGAGAGUUUGCAAGUAGAUGGAGUAGCUGCCAAAAGUGUUGUUGCUACAAGGGCCGAUGAAGUCAGAAUUGAGAUUUUGAGGACUUCACAAAAUUGGGCUAAAAGAAUCCAGGAAGAGUGGAAGUCAUUGGAGGAGGAUUUGCCACCACCCAAGCCUCCAGACUUUUAUUAGAGGGCAGCAUCCAGUGGGUAACAGGUUGAUGAAGAGGAGCCAUGAGAUCAAGCCUUCCAUUUCCAACCUUGAGGACAAGGUUGUUUGGAAGGGGGGUGUAAUGUUAGGAUAUACGUUAGGAUAUAUGAUGAUAGGAUAGAGGGGUUGAGGAGUAAGCGUGUGNGGGGUGUCGGUUAAAAAGGGGAAGUGGGUCAGAGCCUCUAUAAAUAGAGGUAGUGUAACGCGGUAGGGGAUAUCGAGUAUUUUGUGAAGUCAGGUCUAUUGCCUGUANAGAGGUUAUGCUCUCAAGGGAGGUUAUGCUCCCAAACUCAUGCUGUGUACAGUGACUAUCCAUUCUUCAGCAAUAAUAUAGUUCUUUCUUUCAUCUUUGGUUGUUACGUGUGCUAUUGAGAGAGUUUUGGUUAGGUUCACUGACUAGGAACCUAACAUUAUUGCUACUAGGAUGUUGAAUAUCGUCAAUCAUCGUUAUUUGUACAGGGUUAACAAAUUUGGAGUAUUAGAAUCUGGAAUCUUGCAGGAUAGGCGAUGAUGGGCUUGCUAAUUUGACAGGCCUCACACUCUUGAAAAGUCUGGUGCUGUCGGACAUUGACAUUGGGAAUAGCGGGCUGCGGUGCUGUCGAUUUUUACCAUGAAUAGACUCCAAGCAUGCACCAGUAAUAUUGCAU